AUGUUUACUGGAGCUUUGUAUGGACCAAACGAAAAUAUCAAACAAGAUCAACCAUACUCGUCGCUUGUAAACGAAACAAACUGGCUUCUUUUCAAAGAGGAUCCUGGAUUUCGCACAUUUUUCAUAGUCAUGGGCUCAUUUAUCACAACUCUUGCUAUCGCUUUCCUACUUGUUUCCACAAUUCUCAUUGUUCGAUAUACAAAAUAUCAUGCUUUUUCGGCUGGCCUCUUGGUUAUGAUCCCAAUGUCGUUGACAAUGCUUUCUCAUGCCGGAGUCUCGUUUGUGCCAGAAGAAAUUGGCGGAAUCGGUUGCCUUUUGGUGAGCUGUCAUUCGUGGGUCAACUCGUUGAUUCUCUUAUUCAGCACUCGAUUUUAUCGAAAGCAUCUGAUAGAUGGGCUAUUGAAAGCGCCAUUGCAAGGCUUGUUUAAGCGCAAAAACGCGAUGUGGACUCCGAACAUUUUACACCUUCAAGUACCACCAAGUUCUGCCCGGGAACGCCCGACUUCUCGC